AUGACGACUCCGCGCAAGCCAGGAGGCGCUCGCCCGAACCCGUCAGGCGUCGGCCUGUCCGCCCGCACCGGAACGCCUCCUCGGCUCAACAUCCCAGAGGGUAACGUUCCUGACACGUCAGCUGGCAUCAAUGUAGACCAGGCAGGACAAGGCGGCUGGCACCAGCCCGCACCACUACCCUCGCUUGCGAUGCGUGGAGGCCGGCGCAUACCGCAGCUCGCGUCCACACCAUCGUUGGCUUCCUCCUCGUCCUCGCGCCCCAAGCUCACUCUCGCGCCUCCGUCAGGAAGUCCUGCUCCCCGUGGGACGUCUGCGCCCGUUCUCCCUACGCUCGGGCGGCUAGACACAUCGGUAUCUGCGCCGUCGCGGCCAACACCGAAACUAACCGUGUCGAUUCCGACGGGCGGCGCCGGAGGUUCGGCGUUCAUGCGCGCUAACGACGACUACCCAAACGAGGACGGCGAGGGAACGUCGUCCCUCCGCACGCCUGUACCUGAGGACAGGGACGCCACCGUGCAGCCCCGGUCCGGAGAUCGCGGAGGGUACGGGUAUAUGGGCAUUCCUGGCGGGAUCGAUGCCGGCGCGCCCGAGGAGAUGAAGCGAAUGACGGAGGACCUGCGCAUGGCAAUGAGCCGGACCAGGAGCUUUGACACGAGCACCCCCGGCAACGGCGUCAGGUCACGGGCACACUCGAACGCAGGCUCGAUGAUGGGAUCAAGGGGCGAUGACCUCGACAGCCUCCGUGACCUCACGAUAAGCGAUCACGGAGACUCCCGUCCAAGCUCUGUGCACGACAUUGACCCGUCACCGGAAGAUGAGUUCGGAGAGCUCGUGGAGAUCAAGAAGCUCGGAGAAGGAACGGGAGGUGCCGUCGAUCUCGUUCGGAGUACGAAAACGGGACAGAUCAUUGCUCGAAAGCAGGUCCUGCGUGAGCUCGAGUUCCUCUCAUCGACGUCGUCGCCGUACAUUGUCAAGCACUACGGCGCGUUCCUUGCCGACCACGAUGCGCAGAUCUGCAUUCUCAUGGAGUACUGCGGAGCUGGGUCGCUCGACUUCCUGUCGAAGCGGAUGAAGAUGAUGGGCGUCAACUGCUCAGAGCACGUGCUUGGACGAGUAUGCGCCUCGGUCCUGCGCGGCCUCGACUAUCUGCACGAGCGGAGAAUCAUCCACCGCGACAUCAAGCCGAGCAAUAUCCUCGUCACGCUCGACGGCGAGGUCAAGCUGUGUGACUUUGGUGUGUCUGGCGAGCUUGUCGAGUCUAUCGCGGGUACCUUCACCGGUACAUCGUUCUACAUGGCCCCCGAGCGUAUCCUCGGCAAGAAGUACUCGAUCAAGUCGGACGUGUGGUCGCUCGGCUUGACGCUGCACGAGGUUGCUCACGGCCGCUUCCCUUUCCCGCCAGAGGGCGAGCCCGAGUUCGUCGGUCCCAUCGAGCUGCUGCAGUACAUCGCCCACGCUCCGCUGCCCGAGAUGAAGGACGGACCCGAUCGCAAGUGGACGCCGGAAAUCAAGGACUUCCUGGCUCAAUGGUAA